ACCACAAAAAUGAACCAACAAAUCGGAAGAGAAUCCCCGUCGAGUGUUCCGUUGACUAAUCGGCAGUGAAGUGAGCUAAGCAUCAUCAGAAGAUUCGCGCAUUGAAGCAAAUUCGAAGCUGUGAUUGUGUUAGAUGUAUACCAGUGUGUGUCUGUGUGAGUGUGGCCUAAGUGUUGUUUAGAGAAAGCAUUAAAAAGAUAUCAGCUAAACAGUGAAUAGUAACGUAAAGUCAUCCUCAGCCAGCCAGCAACGUGAUAGAAUCAAGUAACAGAAAAAGACAACGCCGCUGCUGACAACGUUUGAUAAGUGAAGUGAUCCUAUCUACCCUACCGCUAUGUAUAAAGUAGACGAACAUUAUCCAUCGAAAGACCUGGUCCCGUCGUUCCCGUUCCGCGAGGUGCAACUGCGGCUGGAUGCCGACCCGAGGCAAAAGUUCGACAUACUGCCCGAGCUGGGCCGCGGCACGUUCGGGACGGUGUUCCUGUGCCGCGAGAAGCACUCCGGGCUCGAGCUGGCCGCCAAGAUUGUGCCGUACAAGAAGAAGAAGGACCGGGCCGACAUGGUGCGCGAGAUCGACAUCAUGAGCUGCCUGCACCACCCGCGGCUCAUCCAGCUGUACGACGCGUUCGACUACGAGAACAAGUUCUACGUGAUCCUCGAGCUCAUCCAAGGAGGCGAGCUGUUCGAGCGCGUCAUUGACGACGACUUCGUGCUGACGGAGAAGGCGUGCGCCGUCUUUAUGCGACAGAUCUGCGAGGGCAUGGAGUACAUUCACAGCCGGAACAUCAUCCACCUUGACAUGAAGCCCGAGAACAUCCUGUGCCUCACGAAGACGGGCAACCGGAUCAAGAUCAUCGACUUCGGGUUCGCCCGCCGGUACGACCCGGACAAGAAGCUGCAGGUAAUGUUCGGCACGGCCGAGUUCGCCGCGCCGGAAGUGCUCAACUUUGACGAGAUCUACUUCUACACCGACAUGUGGAGCCUGGGCGUGAUCUGCUACGUGCUCCUGUCCGGACUGUCACCGUUCGUGGGGGGCGACGAUAUGGCCACGAUGAACAAUGUCCUGCAGGGGAAGUACUCGUUCACGUACAGCUCGUUCGAUGCGGUCUCGGAGAACGCCAAAGACUUCGUGGCCCGGCUGCUCGUGAAGGACGGCAAGCGGCGGCUCACGGCCAAGAAGGCGCUCGCCCACCGGUGGCUGGCGGAGACGAUGGCCCAGAGCACCACCGAGCUGUCGGUAACAAAAACGAAAUUGAAACGCUAUGUUAUCAAGAAACGCUGGAUCAAGGCGGUCAACACGAUCAUCGCACUGCGGCGGAUGGGGGCCCGGAUCGACUACGAUCUCGUGUGACACGUGAGGUGCACGUGGCCGCCCGAUAAUAACCGCGCCCGUCCGUUCACACAUCGAAGCCAACAGACACAAACACAUGCGCGCGCGCGCACACAUUGCGAACGGCGCAAAAACCCUGCCCAGCGCAACACCCGGCGCAGGGGAACACGUUUGCGCGCGCGAACCAGUUUGCCGGUGCGGUUUCCCGUUGCAUAAUUCAUUCGCCCGCGCACCGUCCGCACCCGACCCGAUCGUGCACCGGUGUGCCCGGCGUGCUUCCGGCCCGAUCUCUCGUGUGCCGCGCGAGUUCUUUCCUUCCACCGUUGGCGAUUACGUGGCGACCAAGCUU